AUGGCCGCGGAAAUCACUGAAGAAACAACGGGCGCCCCUGGGCCCGGGGUAGCGCCGCCAGAACCUCCAAUUAUAGCGGCCGUUUUAUUUUUUUGCAAGCCGACCUCGCGACGAGAGGCGGAGAGCCGCCGCCGAGGCGCGCCAGCCAGCCCCGGCCAGCCCCCGGCUGCCGGGACCGGCUCCCCUGCAGUUUUUCUGUCGGCCAUAACUCAGCCGGCCGCCCUGCCGCCCCCUCUUGUUCCCCCCACCGCCCCCGCCCCCUACAAAGUAAUAACGAGCGUUUACUGCGGCCGCCGACACAAAUCGUUAUAUUACGGCCCCGGCGCUGGUGCCGGUGCAGGAGGCAGCGCAGCCGCCGCCUCCACGGACAGGAAUCUGCAAACAGCCGCCGCGCUGCUACACACAGCUGACCGCGCCGCCAGCGAGCACCAUGAAACGCCGGGCCGCCUCGGCUGCGGCCGCAGCUGCUCGCCUCCGGUGCGGCGGUGCCGCCUGCUGGCACGGCGGCGGCUCCGCUCGCGGGCGCCGCGCCAGCCAGCCUUUGGCAGCGCAGCGGGCGGCAGCCGGCCGUCCGACGGCGACGCUGCAGCCCGCGCCCCGCCCCACCUCCGUCCGACAACUGGUUUGUCAUCGGAGGCGCCGCGGCCGGCCACGGCAGAGCAGGGACAGCGGCGAGCGGCGAACGCCUGCUGGAGGGCUAUUACCGCUCCAGCUCCCGCUCCUGCGGCGCCUGGAUUAUUCCAGCAGGCAGGCGGGGCAGGCCUUGAGGCCCCAGCCGCAGUCAACGGCCUCGGGCGCGGCCUCCAGGCGCCGCUGGAAGGAAGCCGACGCUCCGAACAGGUGUGCGGGCCGCGCUCACUAGCCGGCUGUCUCGCCGACACGGCGGAAUCAAGAUUAUAA